AAUAAUUGAAAUGUAAUUAUAGAUCACGGCGUGUCAACUUAUGCAGGUAAUUAGGUGGUAAAGUAAGGCGGGCGGGGAUAACUAAUGCAUAAAUAAAGGCCUUACAGGUUGAAGAAGUUACCAUUGACAUAAUCGUCAUCAUGGAAAAUUCCAAAACAUUUUGCUCAUCCAGUACUGGAAAUUCCGCAGUGAAAAUAUAAUCACUGUAUUAUGUGUGGAGAAUGGAGUACAGUGAAUACAAUAGGACGGGUCUGUGUCAUUUGGCAUAAAGUCAUUUGGCAUAAGGUCGUUUGGCAUAAGGUCACUUGGCAUAAAGACAUUUGGCAUAACGGUCAUUUGGCAUAAUGGACACUUGGCAUAACAAAGAAGGGUGCAUUUCGAUUAUGCCAAAUGUCCAUUAUGCCAAAUGACCGUUAUGCCAAAUGACCGUUAUGCCAAAUGUCUUUAUGCCAAAUGACCUUAUGCCAAACGGCGUUAUGCCAAAUGACUUUAUGCCAAAUGUCCCGCUCCCCAAUAGGACGCUAUCAGUGAAGUACUAGAUUGAAAGUAGUGAGCUAGGUUUUUGUAUGGUGAGUUAAUUUCUCCAUUUCUGCAAUGAAAAGGCACAAAGAGCGCACUAUGGCUCCAUACAAACAGGUGGUCAAAAAUAUUUAGCGUCAGUUUUAUAAUGUCUUGCCCCUAUUCGUAGGGGUUAUACCUAAAAUAGGGUAAGGGAGGUAUUUUAGACCCGCUAAGGAAGUGGGUGAACAAUUAAGCAAAAAAAAAAGAACUAUUUUGUAUAAAACACAGAUAAUUUCAGUAGGCAUUACGUAGAACAACUUGAUUUCUGUCCAACAUAAUCUAAGAGAACUCAAAAUUUUGAUAGUAAAUAAUUUCUUGUGAAACUCCUGAUGGAUCUCUGGCUUCUAUUUUGGACCACCUGAUUUUAUUUAUGGAUCACCAAGUGCACAUACCUAGUUUGUCCCACCUCAUUAAAUUUAUUUAUUUGACAAAAUGCUGGUGUUUUCGCAAAACCUAAUUAGGGGUUGUGGAGCAAGAUGGCCACCCUAAGCCUAGGCGCCUUGGAAGCAUAUUCUUUUAUAAGAAUAUGGUUUUUGAACACUUAUUCUCUUUGUGUCAUAUCUUUUCUACCUUCUUAACACAAAACAGCAUUUUAUAUUGCACUAGCUGUCCCGGCAAACUUUGUCUUGCCUACUGCGUUUUUUGACGUUCCAAGUUCAGGUCCCCGUCGACUCCCCGGUAAAAGUGUAUGGAAAAUAGAUUUUCAAAAAACCACUAUUUCUCAAUGUUUUUUGCCUCAUAAACCUUCCUUGGGUGAAAACUAACAGAAUGAAACUAAAACUACCUAAAUCGGACCAGCCAUUCGCAAGUUAUGCGCGAUCCCACGUAUGCCACUGCAUUUUUAUAUAUAUAGAUAGAUAGAUUACGAAUGCAAAAUAAAUUCAUUUGAAAAACGCUACCUUCGACAUAGAAUUUUUGUGCUAUAUGGGCAAGAUGGCCACCCCCUUGGAACAAGACGGCAACAGAGCUAAAUUUGUACAAUUACAGUCGGAAUUCGCUCGUUGAGCCACAACCUCCACCCAACCAACGAAUUCGAUUCGUUAGUUGGGUGAAGUGACAGCAACACAAGGGGCGGGCGCAUUGUUUUUUAUUAUUAUUAUUAUUAUUAUUAUUAUUAUUAUUAUUAUUAUUAUUAUUAUUAUUAUUAUUAUUAUUAUUAUUAUUAUUAUUAUAGAGUUUUGGCACUUCUCAGCAAAAAUUGCUGGAAACUUUCACCUACCCCGGGCAAUCGGAAUGCCAAAGGGGAUUAGGCUCUGUGGAUCUCAUUAGCCGGUUUUUUAGCUUAUCCUAAUGAGUCUGCUUUUGGAUGUACUUUCGGUUGUGAUGAUUCAGGAACCGCCUAACUAUACUACAGGUUCCAAGAAUCACCGCUUUCAGGAUGCUGUUCAGGUCCUUCUUCAAUUCCAGCUCGUCUAGGGACCUCAGGAGAGAUUUAGGGACAACUCCGGUUGCCGAGUGGACACUAUACUAUACGGACGUCCUCCUCUGCUUCAACUCCUCCGCUAGGUCGUGGUACUUGGUUAUUAUUAUUAUUAUUAUUAUUAUUAUUAUUAUUAUUAUUAUUAUUAUUAUUAUUAUUAUUAUUAUUUAUUUGCUUUUAUCUUUAAGAGCAUCGCCACGGGCGUCCCUAUCUGGGUCCCUAUCCCUAUUUCCGGGCCCUGAAUAGGGACCCAUGUUCACACCGGUGGUAUCUAAACGGGAAUGAAAAAUAAGGACGCGACAUGGGAUUAGCGAUGGGUUUCCACAUUUGGGGACCCACUCAAAUCUUGCACUGAGUUGCUAUUCCGAUGGUUUGUGUGACGUCACUUUCUUUAUUUACAUUUUGCGGUGAAGUGAGCUGAGUAGUGGUGUGGAAAAUGAACAGCAGUGGAUAAAUAGAGCAAGAGGUGAAUAUUGAUGUACUUUGUCUUACGUGACUAGAUGUUUUCCAGAACCCUAUCACAAACAAACAGACGCAGCACUAAUAAUUCCCACGUACACCGAUUCACGUUUAUUUAAAAAUUUAAUAGUUGGCCAAUUGCCCAUCUGUGGCGUUCGCAGCGUUUUUGUUCAAAUUUUACAUGCGCUCACAAUUGUCACCUAGUUUAUGAUUGGCCACUCUAUUGGCCAAACUCAAUCCUUCUAGAUUGGGUGAAUAUGUUUCGGCGACUAUGAUUUUGAAUAGCAACCCGGGCAGACGAGAAUAUCUGAAUCAUAGCUGAUAUCGAACAAAUUUUGAUAUCAUAGCACAAGGUGUUAUUAAAGUGUUAUUCAAAAAUUUAUUGCAUAUCACAAUCAUAACUGAAAGUGAUAUGAUAGCAAUUUUAGCUCUCAGUAUGAUAUUGGGUCAGCCGCACUUUCAAAUUCACGUAAAUGGAUACAAAUUGAUAUGCAAAUUGCAUGCCAUGCGACCACGGAUAAUGCUUCAUACGUGUUUUAAGUGUUAAUAAUAAAAACUUUCAGUAAUUAGUACAGUUUUUUUUUGCGAUUUUCAGAACUGUUUAGACUGUUUUUGUAUGAGCACAAACGACCCAAAAAAGGUAUUGACUCUCUUCACAUAAAUUCAUUGCAAAAGGCCACUUAUGAAAGUAAUGAUUGGUUCUGAGUAAUGUUGACAUUCACAUGAUUUUUUGCUCUAGGAUAUUACAUACUUACAUACUUCUAUCAAUUACAUCCACCACCGGCACACUACUUAUUCCACCAAGGCUAGUUCUGCUAUUGAAAUUCCGUCGAAAGCACAUAUUAACCUUUUACUUAAGCCCCUUUUGGCACAGUAGGGCUUGUAGAAUUAUUGUGCCUACGGUUCGGUACCGGCCGCGAAGCUUGAAUUUCGCGAACUCGAGAGCAUUUCGUAGAAGAUACUUCCGUGCGACCGCACUUUCCGACCAAUAAGCCUGGAGGAUGACAACAACUAGUGAUCAAUUUGUUGGAGCGGCUUCCGGGGUGAAUCCGGGACUUUUAUUUGGUCUACUUACGAUUAGUCGAUCCUAUUUCUUCAGCCUAUUCUACGCGCGAAUGUAGACGGUCUCUGCCGAGGGGCGAAUCACUAGCGCAUUUUCGAUUCAGCCUUGCGUAUUGACGUACGCAUUGGCGCAUUUUUUAACGCAUUAGCGUAUUAAGGUACGCAUUUCUAAAAUUGAACAACACCUGUCAAAAUUUUACAGCAUGCACUUUUCAACGCAUUGAUAAAAUUGUUCGUAUUUUUAUACGCAUUGACAAAAAAACUUGCACUUUUCUACGCAUUGAUAGAAAACACGCAUUUUUCUACGCAUUGAUAGAAAACACGCAUUUUUAUGCGCAUUGGUGGAAUGCUCGCAUUUUUAUACGCAUUGAUAAAUAAACACGCAUUUUCUUACGCAUUGGCGUAUUUUUCAACAAAAUUAUGUAUUGAAAUUUCAAAAAUUCGUCAUGCAUUCCUUUGCAUUUUUCAACGCAUUGGAUAUUUUGGCGCAUUUUUCAACGCAUUACCUUUUCAAAUGCAUUUUUCAACGCAUUGGAGCAUUUUGUAACGCAUUUUCAUCAAAACGCAUUUUCGAUUCAGUUGUUUUCGAAGUGAUCCGCCCCUCGGUCUCUGCGGAGGCCCAAAUUCAUCACACAACAUGUAUUUGGCAAAAAACGUUUUACGAUCAAAACAACUUCAACAAGUCUGAAACUGUGCAUUUUUUUUACUUUUUUCUCGAAACUUUUGUUGACAUUGAGAUAGCAGAUAAUAUCUACACAAGAUCAAAUGUUGUUCUUUUAAAAGAACUUACACACAUACAUCCACACGGUGAUUAAAUGUUAGUGUAAUGGCGUUAGUUGUUUCGUUGGGUGUAAAAACGAAGAACAUGAUGCUCCUUUUUACUUCAUGAUUUCAGCAAUAAGCAACAGAUGAGUGGUAACUAUCACCACCAGCUGAUCCGAGGGUCAUGAGUUCAAUACUGGUUAUUGGCUUUUCGUUACUUUUUUUUCUUUUUUGUCAGAUGUCAGAUCAUAUUUUGAUAUUGAUUUGCCGUUCCGUCGGCAACUGUUGACUGAUAUUAUUUUGAUCUUGCAAUAUCUUAUCGAGAUAUUAUUGAGCUGUUUCCCAUAUAAAUUUUUGAUAUUAUUUUUGAUGUUUUAGCUCUUAUCUCAAACAAACCAAUAGCACUUCUUGUUCGCCAGUAAUUCAAUUUUAAAUAGCUAAAAGUGAUAUUCGUCAGAUGUUGCCGUCUGCUCGGGAAACGUAACACUUGAAAGAAAUUGCUAUUAAAAUCAUCGUCAUGUGAACAUAAUCCCCAAUGCCAAACACGCUAUUUCACAAAACGCUCAGUAGGUGCCGGUAGUGAGCGAACGUCAAGCGGCAGCAAAAAUUAUGUGAGCGCCGUCUGCGAACAAUUUGCAAACUACAGAAUAUUUGGUUUAAAUAUUCUUUAAAAAAUAAAACGAUAAGAGAUGACUAGAGGAAGACCGGAGACGUCUGCUUGUUUGUGACGAAAUGUUAGAAGUGUUACGUGUGCUUGUCUGUGACCCUUUAUGCCUUUGUCACUUUAUGCAGGAUUCAUCAAAAGUUUGGACAUAUUUAAUUUGUUUUAAUUUGUACUACGUCCAAUAAAAAGUAAGGACCGCUUUUAGCAACGCACGGUGGAAAAUCAAUAUGUUUUUGAAGUCCCUAAUCCCAAAAUAGAAACCACUGGUGGGAAGGUGGGGUGCUAUCCUAAAAUAGCACCCGAAAAGGAGUGGUAUAAUAGGGAUAGCGAUGAGGACUCCCGUGGCGGUGCUCUAACAUACCGUACAAUGACCACUUACUAUCUAUUACUGAAAUUUGGAUAUACCUUACAGCAGUAGAUAAACAAGAAUUGGGAUGCUAACAUAAGGCUGAAUUUCUUCAGAAGGCUGAACAGAAGGCUGAAAGUAACGUAAGGCCAAUCUUGCCCCGCCCCACCCUAUAUGAUCCCUAGUCAUAGGCUGUGCUUAAUGAAGAGGCUAACGAUGCAUACCAACGAACAUAAAAAAUGACUGAUGAUAUUUCAAUCACAGAUUUUUCCUUCUUUGAACAUGAGCUAUUCUUUCGAGUCAUGCUGUUGAGAUUGGUUGCCAUGACAGCUGCUAACAAUGUCAUCAGAGAUUUUCCCUUCUUCUAAACAUAUGCUAUUCUUUGGAGAAAGGGUAUUGGUUCCCUUAUUAAGCAUGUGGCUCCCAUUUUCAUCCUACGAAAAACAAAGGAAUGAAGCACUGUUUGUUUUGUUUCUGAUUUUUGUAUUUUUUGUUAGAAGUGAGCACGCAUGAAAACAAAAAGAACGGAAUCAAUCGGUGCCGUAAUCGCUUGUUUUCGAAUAGGAUGAAAUUGGGAGCGUGAGAUUACUGAUGGAACACAAACCCUACUAUCAUAGUUAUGUAGGCGAUCAAUAAUGCAUAGCAUGGGAUUGUUAGCGCGGACAAACAGUCCUAACGCUUCUCGAUGUAAAACAUAGUAACGGAAGCAUGUUCGCCUAAUGACAAAAAAGAUUUAGUUUGGCCAACCAUUAAUAAAUGAGCGGUAGUGUCCGUCAAAUGUCUAAGCCCAAGCAAACCAAUACAAGUGCCAGGGCUGGUUAGUCGGCCAACUAGCAAAUUUUCAAUAAGAUCGUUAUAUCAGUGUACGAUAUGCAUAAUAAGAGUAUUAUGUCUGUUUGUCCGUGAUGUUAUAUUGUUGAAUUAAAGCAAGCUUUACUGUGGUGAUUGCUAAAGCAUAUAAAUGCUUGUACCAUAAAGCUAAUGCAAUGAAAUCGUAAGGAAUGCAUACUUAAGACAACAUAAGAAAAAAGUAUUAUUUUCAUUUUCCAUCUAUUUUUAUCUUCUCAUAGCUAUCGGAACCUCUCAUUCCGGUGUUUUUUAUUCUAUUUUGGGAGUUGAACCUAGACUGCUGCAGCUUGACCACGAUGAAACUCCGACGCGCUAACGCUGUGUGCUAUAAUUACCAUGUAUUUUUCAACUGGAAAAUGUGCAACAUAAAGUAACGUAUAAUCAGCUCGUCCCUUAUUCAGUUGUGUUUUCAGUAGCUCUUAAAAGUUGUGCUGGAGUCUGAUUGCCAUCAGUUAUCUUACUCUCCCAUAUCAAUUUGAAAGCAAAUGAUUGAUUCUGUUAAUUUUUUGUUUUCAUACGUGUUCAAAACUACAAAUAAUAAGAAACAAUACAAACAGCACUUCAAUCCUUUCUUUUAUAAAAUCGGGGCGAUAUGUUAAAUACCCCACAUAAUUUUUGUUCUCUUUGCAUCUGAUUAUUUUCAUGUCCCAACCAGAAAACAAAAAAAAACAUUAAUAGGGUAUAUGUACCAUUCCUUGGCCUAAUUUGCAAGCCGCCUUGACAAUUUUGACCAUAACUCAUGAAUUGAUAGCACCAGAAAUAAUAUGUUGAGCAUAUUACACACUCUAGGCAAUGCAUGUUUCACCAUUUGGAAGUAAACUAACGUAAAUAAUCAAGAACUUACUUAAAGAAGUUGAAAAGAUUCGAUGCGAUGGUAUGCAACGUUGGUCUAUGGUACAGAAAUUGGCCUAUUAGUGGAUACAACGUUGGCCUAUUGCUUACUACGCACUAGAACCACUAAUUAUCUAAUUUUUUCAAUAUUUCUGCUGAAGUAUUAUCUCUGUUUGUUCACCAAUCUUACUUUUAAAUUACAUUUUCGGAGCCAAAUUUUCAAAAAACUAUAAAUAAAUCACUAAACUAAAGUUCUUCUUAAUUUAGUAACGAAAACAACGCAACCCUCUGAUUGUGUUAUAUUUUUACAGUCACCGCACACAAAAUCUUUCUUCCUGUUCGUUCUUUCUGGUUCUUACGCAAACAAUGUUGUGACGUCAGUUUAUCGGUGUUUUUGACGUCACUUUACUGAUGGGCCAAGAUUUGGGUACAUAGUGAAAAAAAAUGUCCUCAAUAUUCGGCCCACAUUCAAUUUGUGAAAUAGUUAUUAUUCAUUGAGCAUGAGCAUGAGCAUGAGCAUGAGCAUAGAUGAUCGCACAAUUCGUAGUUGCUACUCCGUGAUUGACCAGAGCAAUCGAAAUUGCACAAGGAACCAAUGAAUAGGGCUUAUGACUAGCUUACUAUUCUCAAUGUACACAGGUCGAGAGCUCUCAACUUUAAUAAGGUCAAUAACGGCGCCGGCCACGUCCUUACGGUCAUCGAGGAUGGAAGGGAAUGUUAGUAAGACAAACGUUGUUAAAAAGACCGCGAAUCGCUGCAUCUCCACGUUUGUCUCAGGAAGGAAUUUGUGAAAUAGUUAUUAUUCAUUGAAAACAAAUACACAGCUUCAAAAUAGCGUCUUUGACCGUCGCAACAAAUGUUCAGUUAUUGAAAAGUCAAUUCGAAAUGUUUCAGAAUCAUGCCAUUUAUGAUCAUGUGUAUAGACUACCCACUAAGCCGAAGAAUCAUGGCGUCUAAAAAAGCUGAACAAAGUGACAUUUUCAUUCAAUUUUAAUGCUCCAAAGUGCUAAAAUUGAAACGAAAUGUUACAGUUGUUUGGCGUAUAGCAUUUCCGAUAUGCAGUUAUGCGUGUUUGUUUGAGAUUUUGGUUUACGUUGAGAUAGGCCGAACGAGGGGACUAUGCCAACGAAGCAUCCCGAUACCCUAUAUAUUUUCAAACAGCAGCAUCUGAGCAUGCUAACUAUCUGAGAGUUUUUUUUUCUGUAUACGACGAUGGAAGCUUUAGUAAAUGCAUAUACGAAGUAAUAAAUGCUUGCAUUAUUGAUUGCCAUAAAGCUUUUAACAUGGUAGUACAAUGAAGCAUUAAACAACGGCCAUAUAGAACUAUACGGAGCUGUCAAAAUCCCAUAAUGCUUCAAUGCUUUCUAAAUGUAGAUUAAACGCCUCAUUACUUGACAGAUGUAGAAUAAAAGUUAUCUUGCAUUAGCUAAACUAUAAUACGAUUGAAUUAAUGUUAUGAUAUAAUGCUUGUGGUUACUUGGGUGCUCAUGGGCUCGUUGUUUGAAAACUAGUCGUAUCAUUAUUUCAGCCUUAUGUUUUUUCAGCCUUUUGAUAUUUUCAGCCUUUCGUUAUUCAGCCUUUUGUCAUUCAACCUUUUGUUAUUUCAGCCUUUUGUGUUUCAGCCUUUUGUACGUAACCCUCGUUAAUUUUCAAUGUUUGACCCUAAUGUGUUAUAUAUCAAAAAAAAAUGUACAAAAAAAACCUUUGAAUAAGAUACAUAUAUGACCAAUGCGAGAAUUAAUUAUCUUCAUCCAUUUUUAGUCGCUUACGUUAAAAUACAGAUGAUUAUAAAACCACCCGGUCCAAAGUGCAAGUACAAAACUGCUCCCAUUCGCAUAACAGUCCCAUGUUUGCUGGGUUUCCUAUUCACAUGGGAUUGUUGUGCGAAUGGGGGCAGAAAACGCUUUCAAUGAUCGACAAAACAAAAAUUGCCGAAGUUUUGCAUUUGCUUCGAAGUAAUUAUACAUACAUAUUGUUUUUAUAAGAAAAAUGGAUGAGAAAUUCUUCUCGAUUAUUAGUAAAGUUUAAGAAACCAAAAAACUUAUUUGCUCGCCCCUUCAGAAUUACACAUUGGUUGUCAUUUCCAGUUUGACAUUGAAUUAUGACAUCCAGGUGCUUUUUAAUUGGCUGACAGCUCAACUAACGGAGACCCAAAAAAGUCACUCAACUAUUAAUCCCCCAACCAGCGGGUCCUGACUCUAGUGUGCUUCAUUCCCUAAUAUCGAGAGUGUCCCUGAUACUCCCCAUGUAACCACUAAGCACCGUUCUGAGCAUUAUAACAGUCAUUAAACAGCUUUUCAGUGCUAAAUAGCUCUAUAUAAGCAUUCCUAAUGCUUAUGGACACUAUAACCAGUAAGAACUAAAAUAAGCCCUGUAAGCCUAUAUAAAGCUUACAAGCUGUAAAGAAGUUUGUCACAGGGCUUGGAGCACAUGACGUUUAUAUCAAUCAAAAUAGAUUUCGACCAAAAAAGACUCGAGUCGGUCAUGAUCAAUACAUUUUAAAUAUCCAUGUCGGACGGGUUUGGUGUAAGGGGAUUAUUUUUGUUGUUGGAAUGUUUAUCGGAAUGGCGUUGUUGAAUAGAUAAUGGAAUCUGGUAAUCUUGAUUAUUCCAUUUUUUUUUUCAAUCAAGACAAACUCCAGCUCCUUUCCCCCUUCUUCUGAAACGUUUCCCGACCAUUUAUAUAAACAUUGCUUCUCCUGCAUCAAUUCCUGCAUUCGUCACCACCAAGCUUACCACUGAAUCAUCCUCAUCCCUUAUCAUUUUCAACCUUCGAGGUUGUUUUUCAUGGUUUAAAUACUAGUUUGAUCACAUCAUUCCCAUGGUGCAUUGGUGGAGCAGAUGAGAAAGACAACGGACUUGGACUUGAUCAGGAACCCGGAGGACAAUAGCUAGAAUCUGGAUGAAGUAGCAAAAAAGCAACUUGAAUGGAAGCGAAGGAAGUUAGAAAAGAACAGGAGAUAAACAAAAUAUUUUUUUCCUUUUUUCUUUGUCUCACUUUUGACAACUUUCGCUCCAGAGACUUGGUACGAUAUUUUAAAGUUGGCCUAUAUCAGCCGAAUAAUUCGCCAGAGGUGGCUUUUGAGCAGCUCUAUAAGAGGAUUUAGAACCAAUUAGCUCUGUUAGCCCGGUUUUACAUUCGACUAUAGAGCCGACGUAAUGCCAUUUUUACGGCUUAAUGGUUACUUGGGUCGAACUACGCACAUCACUCGAUCCAUCGUCGCCUUGUUCAACCGUAUCAGUUUAUCCGGUAAUCCGUAUUCGUGCAUAAUCUGCCAUAGCUGUUCUCGAUCGAUUGUAUCAUACGCCGAUUUGAAAUCGAUGAACAAGUGAUGUGUGGGCACGUUGUAUUCGCGACAUUUCUGCAACACCUGGCGGAUGGCGAACAUCUGGUCCGUUGUAACGCGUUCACACAUAAAUCCAGCCUGAUAUUGCCCCACAAACUCUCUUGCAAUCGGUGAUAGACGGCGGCAUAAAAUUUGAGAGAGUAUCUUGUAGGCAGGGCUCAGAAGUGUGAUCGUGCGGUAGUUCCCGCAAUCCAACUUGUCGCCCUUUUUGUAGAUGGGACACACGAUACCUUCCAUCCAUUCCUCCGGUAAUACUGCCUCCUCCCAAAUCUUGGUGAUGACCGAGUUUAGACCAGUGCUUCUCCACCGUAAUUUAGAAGCUCGCUUGGUAGUUGAUCUGCUCCAGCGGCUUUGUUGUUUUUCAACUGGCCAACCUCCUCUUCAAUCUCUUGGAGGUCAGGGGCCGGAAGUCUCGUCCUGUGCACAUACUCCUAGAUCUGUUACCAGGCCACCUUCGGUACUUGCAACGUCGCCAUUGAGGUGCUCAUAAUGCUGCCGCCACCUCUCGACCACCUCACGCUUGCUCGUGAGAAUACUCCCGUGAUUAUCUCGGCACAUGUCGGCUUAUGGCACAAAGCCUCUGCGCGAGCGGUUCAGCUUCUCGUAUAACUUUUGUGUGUCCUUAGCGCGGUACAGCUUUUCCAUCGCUUCGCGAUCUCGUUCUUCCUGCUGGCACUUCUUCAUCCGGAAGACUGAGUUCUGCCUGUUCCGCGCCUGCCUGUAACUUGCCUCAUUCGCUCUCGUACGGUGUUGCAGCAUUCUCGCCCAUGCUGCAUUCUUCUCGUUUUUCAACUGUUCAUAUUCGCCGUCGUACCAGUCGUUUCUGUUAUUCGGAGUCGCGAAGCCUAGUGCUGUAGCCAAGCUACUACCUAUGGCGGAUCGGAUGUCCCUCCAGCCAUCUUCAAGUGUAGUUGCGCCAGGCUGCUCUUCCGUCGGUAAGGCCACUGCUAACUGCUGCGCGUAGUCUUGAGCCACUUCUACGUUACGCAGCUGCUCGAUGUUGAGCCGCGGCGUUCGACUUCGACGCGUGGUGGUAACUGUCGAAUGUUUUGAGCGGUUGCAUACAGCGACUAAGUAGUGAUCCGAAUCUAUACUCGCACUGCGGUAUGUGCGGACAUUGGUUAUCAGGGAUGGGAACACUCACUUCGAAAGAGUUACACUCACUUGCUAUUUUCUCAGCUCAGAAGCAUGCAAUCAAGUCGUCCAUACAUCGUUUUUCGAUUGCAUGCUUCUGAGCUGAGAAAACAGCAAGGGAGUGUAACUCUUUCGAAGUGAGUGUUCCCAUCCCUGUUGGUUAUAUCCGAGAAGAAUUUCCCGUCGAUUAGAACGUGGUCGAUUUGACUUUCUGUUUGAUGGUCGGGAGGUUUAAUUGGUAUUCGUGAUAAAAUUGAGUUCAAAUAUUUAGAUUUGUCGGCGCAACCUGGAAAUCAAAUAGAAUACAUUGCAGUUUCCAUUAAAACAGAAAACCAUACAUUUUCUAUUAUUUGUUUUUAUAUUCCCCCAAAUUCAAGUUUUACUUUGUCACAAAUUAAAUAUAUUCUCAAUGAAGUUCCCCCUCCUUUUGUUACCUUUCCAAAAAAAGGUCACAUUUGUUCUAUGUAAAUGAAAUGUAAGUAUUCUAUUUUUUUCUUAAUUAUUUGUUUUUUUUCUUUAUUUGAUAGUAUCUAUAGAUUUUAAGGGCAAUUAUUAUAAUGGUAAAAGAAAAAAAAGAGAAAGCCUCAACUUUGAACUACAAAUUAAAUCUAUACGAACUAACCAAAAUGAAAACAGAACUGAAUAUAAAAAAAUCGAAAUUCCUAUUCUCCUGCACAUCCCUAUUACCCCAUUUUACCGCCAACCAUAACGCACCACCACAUCGACACCUACUGUCGGUGUUCGUAAGACGCCCGCCGACGACGAUGAAGCCGACGAUCGUCGACGACGGCGAAGCCGGCGACGACGACGCCGAAGGUACAAAAUCGCUGAUGAUCGUCCGAUCAGCCUCUAAUAGUGAACCGACAUUUUUCUUUUCUCCACGUUCAACCGUUGUGCCACGUUUUUUUCUUUGGCCCGGUAGAAGAGGGCAGCCCGGAAUCGAAGCGCUCCCGUUAGCGGAAGUCUAGUGCCGUGUGAAGAACCAACCCGCGUUCGAAACCUCCCGUUAGAACCGCGAAAGUGAAGUGCCGUGUGAGGGAAACCGGAGUGCUGCAGUGUGGCCCGGUGGGCCCGUGAUUUCACGUGGUGUGCCUGGAGUUCUCGUUCCGCCAAAGAUACCUACGACCUAGGACACGAAGAAGCAAAUUCCGGACGAACGGCCUGAUCCUCGUUCGGCCCAUCGAACAAUUCCGGUUCAUCAUUCGACGGCGCUGUGGGAAACCCCUGAACGUACAGCACGGCGUGAUAGCAGUAAAUCCCCAGCAAGACACCCGUGUUCCGCCAUGGUAAGGAUACCCGAAAAUCCUCCCCCGACGAUCCAAGGGAGUCGACGCGGUCCGGGAUCCAAUAUCGUCCGCGCUGGUAAGCGUCGAGCCUAAGACCAACCCGGAGGAGAAAUGUGCAGCCAAGGUUAAAGGUGUGUAAAACCAUUUUAUCAAUUUCCCUAUCCAUUCCUGUUUGACCAGAAUGCAAUUUAAUUAAAAAUGAAAAUGUAACAUACGAAUUUUCUACUAUUUUUUUGAUUUUGCCAGUCAAGCCCUGUUUUCCACCAUCUUUAAGGUGAAUCGGUCUACCUUGAUUUUUUUGAAGGGAAGUCGUUCCACAAAGCCUCCCAAUUCCUCUUCGGAGCCAAAUUAUCGACCCUGAGGCCCAGGUAAAAGCCUGGGUGGCCACAAUAGGGUGGCCCAACAAUAGUAAAUUCUAACAAUUGGCGCCCAACGCAAAAUAAAAAGAAAAGGUUUCCAUUUUAACCUUAAAGUGGAACCCUUUUCAGAGAAGCUCCGGGAGGAAUUGGAAUCCUUUAUAUUCCAAUUGUUCUUUUUAUGAAAAGUGAAGUGAAUUGUAUCGAAAUAGUAUUGUGCUAAACGGAAUUCUUUUGUUCUUUUGGAAUCGUUCGGAUGAUGAGAACUACUGCUGUGAAUCGUUCUUUUCCUUUCGAUUCGUCUUUAUAAAUUAGUUUCUUUUCUUUACAACAAAAAACUGGAUUAUUCUAUUAGUAGAGAUAAAUAAAUUAUUUGUGAAAUUUUGCUUCCUUUUAUACACAGUGCCUCUAAUUUAAAAGUCUUUUGUGAAUAUUUUUCUUUUUUCAUUUUUAUACUUUCUAGUGUCUAGUUUAGCAUAAUAUAUGCUGGAUUAGUUUAUUAUUUUUUUCUUUAACAUUUUUUUUUGUAUUUUUCCUAAUUUAAUAGAAAUAAGCUAUUAUUUAAGCCACUUCUUCGUUUUUUUUGGGGCGAAAAGUAGCUGUACUGUUUUUUUUUUGUAGGUUUAGCUUAUUUUGUUUAUUUUUUUGGUUUCAUUUCUUAUUUUUAAUUUUACAUUCUCAUUUGAGAAAUGGCGGAGGCAUUUGAAACACAAUUCACACACGCCGUUGAGAAGAUUCGGGAGUGGUACCACGGCUUAAGGGUGGACCAUUUGUCUCCAGAGGAGUUGGACUUCGAAACCAAUAUUCGAUCGAUCGUCAUUCGGGAUGAUCCCACCUACUCACGAAGGCGAAGGUGGCUCCGUGAGCAUAUGAAAACUGAGAAGCAGAAUGAUACUAUUAUUGAAGAGGUAGUUUUAGAGGGAAAUGGCGAGGAAGUCGUACAGUUCUGUCGACGCAACUUCGACGAACUUUUUGCAGGGUUGCAGCAGAGCGAUAAGAAUUCAAGAGUAAGGGGCAAAGCAAAAUUGCUACAUUUCGGUCACCGGCUUAUCCUUUAUAUAAAGCACUUUAGGGAUUCGGAGGAAACAGAAAGUUUCCUCAAGUCAAUGCUUGUUGAUGUGGUGGAUCUGUUGGACCAGUAUUUCUACACUAAAACCUCUGCAUCUGAACAGCACAAUCAGGAGGGACUGGAGGAACAAGCUCUGAUCGACUUGUUUCGGUCAGAAAAUGUUUCGGCAGUUCCACCUCUUCGAAAUGCGGAUCCAGGUGCAGACGUUUCAGUGAGUACUACUGCUGCAGGAAUUUCUGCAGUAGCUAACCAGUUGGAAGGCAGCGACUGUGUUCGCUCUUUACUAGCUCGCAUUAAUGAGUUGGAAGCGAAAAUGGCCAGGAUGGGAACACCACGGGAAGAAGAAGCUCAGCACAAUGAAACGGAGCUUCCGACUGGAAGUUCACAGCCACUGGUGGGUGCGCCACCAGUUCUUCAAGUUUCUUCUGCUCCUCAUUCCUCUCUCACACCUUUUCCGGGAUUCUCAAGCUCCUCGCAAGGGUUGAGCUCUUCAGUAGCUGCCAAUCCUUCUAGGCCGAUUACUAGUGUAACUUUUUCGUUACCGCAAAGUCAUCCUACUGCACAGCCGCAGCCACCUUCAUCGUGGCACAGCUACCUUCAGAACCAGCAACAACCGUUUCAACCUCCGAUCACCAACCCAUGGUUAGGAUUCCCUGGUGCCUCAACCGUACCAUCACUGAAUCCUGUUCCGGGGUCCGCGGCUAUGAGCCUUGGACAUCCUGGGAAUCCAUGGCUCGGAAAUCCCACUUUUACUACUCCGCCGGUCAAUCCGUGGGCUGGAACCUCAGUUCCGAUAUCAACCUCAUUCGCUCAUCCUUCGCUCGCUUCGUUGAGUCCAUUGCCUCUGAGCAACCCGGCGCGGCAUACUUUGCCCGUGUCCAAGUGGACAGUUACAAAAUACGAUGGCGAAGAUCAAGGGUUGAAAUUAAACCAAUUCCUUGGAAUGGUUCACGCCAUGGCCGUCGCAGAACAUGCUUCGGAAGCUGAACUAUUUGAUUCGGCGAUCCACCUUUUCAAAGGGCCAGCAUUGCAGUGGUAUAUGACCAUGCGUGCCACAGGUCGUCUGGUGAACUGGCAGCAUUUGGUUCUAGAACUCAGGAGGACUUUCAUGCACCCUGAUCUAGACACGCUAAUCAAAAUGAAGGUGUAUCAGCGACACCAGUCACGAAACGAGACCUUCCUACAGUUCUAUCACGGUAUGGAGGAGCUUUUCGGGACAAUGAGUGUUCCCUUGCCGGAACACGAGAAAGUCCAAAUCCUUCUUCAGAACAUGAGGAUUGAUUACAAAAAGCAACUCAAUUUCCUCCCUAUUGCUGAUCUUCCGACACUUGUGUCUGCUGGUCAGAAGAUCGAUGCCGUGAACUUCUCAGUCUACAACAAGGUUUUUGGACCUGAGAAGACGGUUAACGUAGUAGAGUACUCGGAACCGAAAAAAUGCUUAUCCCAGGAUAAGCCCAAUAAAUCCUCUACUCCACAUCAACAAACAUCGUCGAGAAAUACGAAGGCCCACUCUCCUCCACAGACCAAUCAGAAUCGGAAGGGUUCCGAAACCGGAACCGAUACUUCUCGCGGACCAGCUAGGGCACCAACCACCUUGGAAGACAUGAUCAAGUCUCAUAAACCCUUAUCCAGCCGCCAUUGUUUCAACUGCGGCUUAUUUGGGCAUCGGAUGGACCAGUGCAGGCUUCCUAGGGGAGUCCUGUGCGAAAACUGCGGUUUUAGAGGCUAUCCGACAAAUAAUUGUCCAUAUUGCGUAAAAAACGCCUUAGCAGCGAGCCAAAACCGCCGCCCGCUGAACCCAAACUACUAAGCGUAAAUCCCCCUCCAUUUUUCGAAGUGGCCUCCGAGAACCUUUAUCCGGAAACGCCUGCUUCCUACACCAUCUCAUAUCCACAUGCCAAUGACAACCGUCCAUACAUUUCGGUUGACAUUUUUGGGAUUACUGUUUCUGCCUUACUUGACAGCGGGAGUAAUCUCACGUUGAUCAACGAUGCAGUGUACAACAUGGUUAAACCUAAGCGCUUAUUCCCUCUCCGUGAUCCACCCGUCUUGCGUACCGCAAGCGGAGAAGCGCUCGAGGUCCGUGGUAAAGUUUAUUUACCUUUUUCAUGGAACGGCAACGUCAGGGUUGUUCCGACAUUAG